UUCUGUGACUGACAUCUGGACUCCCAUCAUUUCAUAUUCGUUUUUAGAAGGUUCACAUAAAAACUACAACCACAUUUUCAAUAACUAUUUUAAAAUACAAAGGGCAAACAAAAAAUGAAUAGCUUGACACGUUUAUUCAAUCAAAACCUACGACUCUGUCAAAGAACAACCCUUGCAUCUGCAAUUCAAUGCCGUGAAAAGUGCAAAGUAGUUGAAAAACCAAAACCAGGAGGCGGAAAGUCGUUCCGUCGAAUUGUGCAUUUCACCGAAAGCUACACCGUCGAACCAUUGAAAAUAAGCCAUUUGGCCGGACGAGAUCCAGAGACUGGACGUUUGGUAGCAAAGGGCAUCGGUGGAGGUAUUAAACAACAAUAUCACUGGGUUAAGUGGGUGAGAGAUGGACCACUCGAAGGCCCACCACAGUUGGAACGAGUCGUCGAUGUUAUUGUUGACGGUUGUAGAACAUCCAAAGUGGCACUGGUUGCAUGUGGCGAUGAGUUGAAAUAUAUAUUGGCAACCGAAAACAUGAAGCCAGGUGACAUAAUAAAGACAUCUCGGUUUAUUCCCAGAAUUCCAGUUCGCCCCAAUGAAGGAGAUGCUUUCCCCCUUGGAGCUUUGCCCACAGGCACAAGAAUCCAUUGUCUUGAGAAGAAUCCUGGUCAACCUUGCCAUUUGAUUCAUUCUGCUGGGACUUUUGGAACUAUUCUGAGAAAGUUUGAUGAUCGUGUUGUUGUUCAGUUACCUUCCAAGAGGGAGUAUGCGUUUGAUAAAACGUGCAUGGCUACAGUUGGUCGUGUCUCCAAUAUUGAGCACAACAAGGAGCAUGUGGGCAGUGCACAGAAAAUGAGAGAAAUGGGUAACCGGCCUCGUUCUGGUUUAUGGCAACGUAAAAGCGGUAGACAUGGUCGCAAAAUUAGAAGAUUGCCUCCCAUGUCAAUAAUCAAACCACCUCCAGUAGCACCAGAAGAAACAAUUAAACUAACACUUAAUUUAUAAGAAAUUCUUUAAAAACAAAUUUUAUUUUUUUUUUGUUAAAAAAUCCAAAUUCAUGUUCUCCACUGCUGCAAUAAAUUAUACAAAUUAAAUUCAUCAAUUUGUUAUAAAAGGCUUCACGAGACUUAAGUGUUCUCCCCCAAAUAGAAUCAAAUUAAAAGAUAAUAAUUUUUCAAGUUACAAA